AUGCCUUCCCCCUCACGGCCUUCACAUCCAUCCGCCUCGUCGCACAAAUCCCCCUCGUCUUCCUCGGCGACGAAACCUCACUCUGUCCCUCGACCGCUCGUCUCGGCUCUGACGGGCACGACCUCCGGUUCUGCGACACCUUCGACGUCGUAUGGAUCGUUCCCGCCUGCGGACGAUCCUGCCGCUGCGCAUGGGCAUGUGACGAAGAACGAGGUGGAGAGGUUGUUGAGAGCCAAGUUGGGGGCUUCGAUUGGUGGGAAGGGCGGGAGGGGGCGGAGGAGGUGGACGAGGAGUAGGGAGAGAUUGGUGAGGAGCGGGUCGGAGGAUGUGUAUGAUUCGGAUGCGAGUUUGGAGGGAGGGCGGAAGGACGGGGAGCGGAUCGAGGGAGACGGACGAGGCUUUCGCUCAGAGACGGACGAAGAGACGGAUGAGGACGAGCGAGGAGCGGUACGUUGGGACGAAGGCGCGCCGUUACGACGGAGAAAGUCGGCCUCUGGAGAAGACAACGGCUGGCGAGACGUUCCUUCGACCCAGCCGCGGGACCAGGGCGAGCGGAGAAGCGGCGCGGACGGCUCGACGAGACAGCCGGAGGAGGACAAGCAGUGGGGUGUGGUAAAGAUGGAGAUCAUGGCGCGGACAUGGGGCAGGAAGGGACUCUUUACGAUCUACGCUGGCCUCUACCUGAUCUCGGCGCUCAUGUCGCUCGAGGGGAACACAACGCCGACGAUCGAGCCGUACUUCCUGAGUCUGCUCGGCGAGCACUCGAUGCUCAGCUCGGUCGUCAUCGUCAUGUCGAUCGCCUACGCUGUCGGCAAGCCCCCAAUGACCAAGAUCCUUGACGUAUUCGGCCGAGCAGAAGGGAUCUGCUUCGCCGCCGCUCUGUACUCCGUCGGCUACCUCAUCACCGCCGCCGCGACCGACGUCAAAGUGUACAUCGUCGCGCGCGCACUCUCAGCGCUCGGCGGCCAAGGCGUACAACUCGCUCAGCAGAUCAUCGUCGCCGAUACUACGACCCUCUCGAACCGCGGCCUCAUCACUUCGACGGUCUCCCUGCCGUGGCUCUUGACGACAUGGAUCGGCCCGCCGCUCGGGGCCUUUUUCCAGCGACGAGGACCAGUCGGCUACCGCGCCGCCUACGCAGUCUUCGGCAUCCUACUCCCGCUCGUUGCGUGCCUGUUGUUCUGCACGCUCUACCUCGAGUGGAGGAAGAUCAAGCGGAAGGCGCUCGCGGAAGGUCGGAAGCCGAGCACGAAGGACCUCGGCUUUGGCGUGACGACGAGGCGGCAUCGGACGCUGUCCAGCUCGGCGUACUCGACUAACGGCUCACCAGCGCGACCGAAAGCGCCGCAUCCUCCUGCCGCUUCUUCGCACCUCGCGCCUCCCUCGCACGAUUUCGCCGACCACCUCGACCUCGAGUCAUCUUCUGCACCCGGCUCGAACCGCCCGCUCACAGCGCGCGAACGCCGCGAAGCCUGCGCCGCAACAGACGCAGCGAACGAGCUCACGAAGCGCAAGAGGUGGAACAUGUCGCCGUGGAGCAAGGCGGUCGAGUUGUGGCACGACUUGGACGUGCUCGGCCUCGUGGCCCUGACGGUCGGAUGCGUGUUGUUCUUGUUGCCGUUCACGCUGGCGACCAAGCGGCCCGAAAGCUGGGGUGACCGCCUCAUCUGGCUCCUCAUCUUCUCCGGCGCGCUCAUCCUCGUCUUCUUUGGCUACUACGAGCUCCACCACGCCUCGAUCCCGCUCCUCCCGCCUCGACUGCUCAAGAACCGCACGAUCGUUGGCGGGAGCGCGAUGGGCUUCUUUCACUUUGCCAGCCAGUUCUGCUACGAGAGCUUCUUUACGAGUUUCUUGCAGGUCGCGCGCGGCCAUUCGCCUCAAGACGCCUCCUACAUCAGCCAAUCCUACAUCUUCGCCGCCUGCGUCGCCGCCCUCCUCGCCGGCUACCUCGCCAAGAUCACGAACCGCUACAAGUGGAUCGGCAUCUCCGGCGUCUUGAUCCACGCCGUCGGCGUCUGGCUCAUGAUGCGCUCGCGCAACCUCGACGGAUCGACGUUCGAGCUGGUCUUGAGUCAGCUGAUUGGAGGGAUCGGGGGUGGGUUCACCACGAUUGCGGUGCAGACGGGCUGUCAGAGUGUCGUCGGUCACCAGGACGUCGCCAUCGCGACGGCAAUCUUCUUGACGAUCACGCAAGUCGGCGGCGCAGUCGGCGGCUCGAUCGCUGGCGCAGUUUGGUCCACCUCGCUCCCUCGACGCCUCGCCCAUCACCUCCCCUCAUCCGAGCAAAGGCACAUCCCGUCCAUCAUUGCCUCGCUCCCCUACGCCCUGUCUUUCCCGUCCGGCUCGGCCACUCGCAUCGCCAUCAACAAGGCCUACGUCGACGUGCAGAAGGUUCUCAACGGGCUCGCAAUGGCCAUGCUCGUGCCUGGCUUGCUCAGCAUGUGCGCCAUGAAGGACGUCAACCUCGGCAAGGACGACCAGGGAGGCGAAGGUGUCGUCGUGCUUGGGCGGGCGAGCUUCCUGGCCUGCGAAGACGAGCUCACCUCGAGCGAAACUUCCAGCCUCCUCGGCGGCAGUCCCGAGUGA